CGGCGAGCUCCGACUCCUCCAAGUGUAUCUGUGUGCUCCAGGCAAUCAAUGAGGACCGCGAUGCUUACUACUUCUGCAGCUCUCUGUCCCUCUUUCUCUCAUUCGCCUUACCAGAUAUUAUAGUGCAUUUCAACUUUUGUACAGGCAUACAGGCGAGGGGGAAGUUUGGAUUCCAUUUUUGAGCACAAUUCACCUCUUGUUUUCCUGUAAUAAAUAUGAGAGGUCGGUUUGUUGUCACUUUUCUUUGGAAUUUAAUAUGUGCCAUUUCUUAUGCUGUUUUACGGGUAGGAUAAGGAAACAACAAAAAGGUGUGACAAGAGCUUGGCGGACAACUGUGGAUUUCUGCGAGUAACUCCUACCGUCCAAAGGGGAUGAGGGGGGCAUCGGCCGGACCCCCCUCUUGAUUGAUUACUUAUUAGUCAUCCCUUUGGCUAAAUGGGACCCAUUGAAAAGGCACCGUGGAACACAUACAUGAAUCAAAUAUUCCUGUGUCCCCUGAAUGUCUCCAGAGUAGUUUUGCUUAAGAGAGGGGGUCGUGGCUUAGCAUUAUAAAGAGGGAAAAACAGCAUAGCUUUAUGGGUUUAUUUAGACAGUUUCUACGCUUUGACAUUCUACCGCUGUAAAAAAGACAGAAGGAAAAACUCGAGAGGAUUCCAAAGAGGAGAACAUUGUGGACAUACAUUUUUUUCUAGUUAUUCCGUUGUUUCUUUUAUUUUAUUUUUUCCCUUCUUAUUUUAAAUAUUUUUUUGCCAUUUCCUCUCCCGAAAAAUGAAACUUUGGACAUCUCCCUGGGUGUCUUGCCUGGUGAUUCUCAUCUUGUGUUUUGGAUCAGAGUGCGGGACAGUCCGGAGAAAGGGGAGAUCCAAGAGGGAGUUGGUGCGCAUUAGGGAGGCGAAAGCCACCAUCCCAGGGGCUUGUGCCACACGUCUGCCCCGGGGCAAACGCUCUUUGCCCGGCUUGGAGCGGCGGGUGCUUCGCCAGCGUCGGCGCUCCUCACAGGCGGAGGAAAACUCUCCAGACCGGGGGAAAGCUGUCUAUUUUACCGGCAGGGGAGAUCAGCUACGGCUGAAGCCUGGCGUGGAGAUACCCAGAGGAAAUUUCACUCUGGAGAUGUGGAUCAAACCGGAGGGAGGUCAACGAUCACCCACAGUGAUUGCAGGCCUGUACGACAAGUGUUUCUACGCCUCCAGUGACCGAGGCUGGCUGCUUGGCAUCCAGGCGGUUAGUGAACACGGGAAUCGUGACCCCCGCUUCUUCUUCUCCCUUAAAACUGACCGUGCCCACAAAGUGACCUCCAUCCACUCCAAUGCUCGCUAUGUACCCAACCAAUGGGCACACGUGGCAGUCACAUAUGAUGGUGUGUACAUGAAGCUCUUUGUCAAUGGCGCCCAAGUGGGUGUCAGUCGGGAGCAAUCGGGCGAUGUCUUCAGCCCUUUGACCAAAAAGUGCAAAGUGCUGAUGAUCGGGGGGAAUGCACUGAAUCAUAAUUACAGGGGGGCAGUGGAGAGGGUGGGCCUAUGGAGGCAGGCCAGAGGGCAGAGGCAGAUUGUCAGGGAUAUGCAGGCCCACGAAGACCCCCAAGAUCUACCUCAGUUGGUCAUACGUGAAACAUUCGAGCACCCAGGCCGGAAGUGGCUGACUGUAAAAGAUGGUAGCUUUCCUCAGCGAUUAGGGUUUCUGGGUGGUGUCGGAGUCAUAAAUUCUGAGGGAUUAUUGGACACAACGCUGGACCCUCCAACUUGUGGUCAAACUGUCUGUGACAAUGUCGAGGUCAUCAAAAACUACAACAACCUUUGGACCUUCCGUCGGCCCAAGAAAGUACGAUAUCGUGUCAUAAAUGUUUGGGAUGAUGCACGGAUUAGGCCAACUGUAUCAGACCACCAGAUCAGCCUGCAGCACCAGCAGCUAAAUGAUGCCUUUAGCCCCUACAACAUCACCUGGGAGCUUAGCAUUCACAACGUGACCAAUUCAGCACUUCGAAACAGAUUGAUCCUAGCUAACUGUGAUAUCAGCAAAGUUGGUGAUGAUUCAUGUGACCCAGAGUGCAACCACCCGCUGACAGGUUUUGAUGCAGGUGACUGCAUGUCGGGAUAUCGGAGCCGUUGCCCUGAGCACAAGCAGGGGAAUGGUAUAUGUGACCCUGAAUGUAACUGGGAGAACUUCUUUUAUGACCUUGGUGACUGCUGUAACCCCAAUGUGACGGAUGUGACCAAGACAUGCUUCAACCGCUCUUCCCCACACAAAGCCUAUUUGGAUGUGAAAGAGCUGAAAGAGAUUCUGCAUCUGGAUGGCUCAACUCACCUGAAUGUCUUCUUUGCCAAUUCUUCUGAUGAAGAUCUGGCUGGGGUUGCCACUUGGCCCUGGGACAAAGAGGCCCUCACACAUUUGGGUGGGAUUGUGCUGAACCCCUCCUUCUACGGAACAUUUGGCCACACUGACACGAUGGUCCAUGAAAUCGGACACAGUCUCGGGCUUUACCACGUGUUUCGAGGUAUAUCAGAGAUCGAGUCGUGCAAUGACGCGUGUUUGGAGACUGAGCCCUCAAUGGAGACUGGAGAUCUGUGUGCCGACACCAACCCCACUCCCAAAUACAAAGGCUGCCAUGAUCCUGAACCCGGCAAUGAAACCUGUGGCUGUCGGCAUUUCACACACACACCGUUUAACAACUACAUGAGUUAUGCAGACGAUGCCUGCACGGACUCCUUCACCCUGAACCAGGUGGCUAGGAUGCACUGCUACCUGGAUCUCAUCUACCAGACCUGGCAACCUGCCUCCAAACCUCCGCCAGUGCCAAUGCCACCCCAAGUGGUCGAGCAGCAUCAUAAUUCCAUCACCCUGGAAUGGUUUCCUCCGAUUUCUGGACACUUUUACGACAGAGAAGUGGGAUCAGUGUGUGAUAAAUGCACUGAGGGGAGAGUUCUACUGCAGUAUGCCUCCAACUCCUCGUCCCCACGACCGUGUGCCCCAUCUGGACACUGGUCCCCACGAGAGGCUGAAGGCCCUCCAGAUGUGGAGCAGGCUUGUGAGCCAAGCGUGCGCACCUGGAGCCCAAAUGCAGGGAAUGAGCAAGGUGUUGUCGGCCUGUCGGAGUGCCCUCUCCAGGGCUGCAUGCUUCAGCUAGAGUUCGCCUACCCACUGAUACCAGACUCCCUGACUGUGUGGGUCACCUUUUUCAGCCCCGAGGAAACGGCACUUCCAGCUAUCCAUAACAUCUUGCUGCUGACUGUCAGUGGGAACAACAUUUCAUUGGGCCCCAGCAAUGUCUUCUGUGAUACCCCACUGACGCUGAAGCUGGACAUAGAGGAAGAGGUGUAUGGGGUACAGUUUUUUACCAUGGAGCAGCACCUAGAGAUUGAUGCCACCCUCUUGGCAUCCAAGCCAGACUGCAUACUUUGUAGGCACUGCCAGCCACUACGCUACCGCCUGUUGCGCCAACCACCCUUCACCCAUGCACCACAUGGUCUGAUGUUGAAUGAACCUACCCGCCGAUAUACAGACAGGGAUGUGGCGCCACACAUUGUGUAUACCUACCAGGUCCAAACCAUCUCCGGCCGGAGUGAGAGUGAGCCCUCCCCACCUCUGGUGCAAGACCUGGGGGCACCGUACUGCGGGGAUGGACGCAUCCAGAGUUCCAAAGGAGAGGAAUGUGAUGAUAUGAACUCUAUGAAUGGGGAUGGCUGCUCCAGUCAGUGCAAGAAGGAGCCCUUCUUCAACUGCAUUGAGGAGCCAAGCAUGUGUUACUACUAUGAUGGCGAUGGGGUGUGUGAGGACUUUGAGCGUGAGACGGGCGUGAGAGACUGUGGCCUCUACACCCCCAGUGGUUUCCUCGACCAGUGGGCCUCCACUGUCGAAGUUUCACAUGAGGAGAAGCCCUACUGCUCUGGAGAGGUGACUGCUGGGUACCCUGCUGUUACAAAGACAUGUCAGUCCAAGGUGUUUGACCUAUCAGAUGGAGUGUCCCAGUAUGCAUGGUUCCCCUGCCGUGAGGCCCAUAAGACAACCUGGGGAUAUCCUAACUACUGGCUCAAGGCCCACUUUUCUCAUCCCAUGGUGGCAGCAGCAGUGAUCAUACAUCUGGCUGCAGAUGGGACUGGCUACCUUGACCAGACUCAGUGUAACAUCACUGUUCAGCUAGUGGACACCAAAGAGGGCAUCCAUAGUCUGGGUGAGUGGCGUCUCAGCUGCCGCACCAACCCUUUGGUGAUCCCAGUGAGCCAUGACCUGUCAGUGGCCUUCUACCACACCAAAGCUAUCCUGGUCAUGUUUGCCUCUCGGCUCGUGGCCAUCUCCGGAGUAGGCCUGCGCUCCUUCCAGUCCUUCGACCCCAUCACGAUAAGUGGUUGCCAGAGCAAUGAGAUCUACAACCCCACGGGCCAGAGUUGUGUACAUUAUUCGUGCGAAGCCAUUGACUGCCAGGAACCCUUAAUCCGCAAUGCAGAGCUCAAGUGCAGCAGCCCUGGCCGCCACUUCUACAAUGGAGACCGCUGCACCAUCUACUGCAACUCUGGAUACGUCCUGCAAGUCCACCAGGAUGAUGACAUCAUCAAGAGCCAGUCAGACUCCUCUGUGACUAUAACCUGUGCAAAUGGAAAGUGGAACAAGCAGGUGUCAUGUGAGCCUGUGGACUGUGGUCUGCCAGACAAAUACCAUGUUCAUCCUGCCCAUUUCCGCUUCCCUGAGGGCACCACCUACGGCAAGAAGAUUACCUUUCAGUGUCGAGAACCUGCCCAGCUUGUAGGUACAAACAACACCCUUACCUGUCUAGAAGAUGGUCUGUGGUCUUUCCCAGAGGCUCUUUGUGAGCUCCGCUGCCCAGCCCCUCCUCCUGUGCCCAAUGCUGUGCUACAGACCAAGCGCUGCAAUGAGACAGGCCUCAAAGUGGGCACCCUCUGCAAGUACAAGUGCAAGCCAGGCUACCACGUCACCAGCAAACCCAAGAGGCGUGCAUUUAAGCGCCAGUGCACGGAGGAUGGCAGCUGGCUAGAGGGGGCAUGUGAGCCAGUGACUUGUGAUCCCCCACCUCCCAUCUUCCACGGCUCCUAUCACUGCACUGACGGCUUCCGCUUUGACAGUGUCUGCAAACUCAACUGCUCUGAUCCUGCCGGUAAUACUGCUAUCGCCGGAGGAGGCUCUGCCCAUACGGUGAGGCUGCUGCACGCUCCAUGCAAGCAGGGCGCAGGGUCCAAUGUGAUCCGAUGUAGGAAGGAUGGGAACUGGACAGGGUCGUUCCGCCUAUGCCCACACAGCAAAGGCCAGUGUUCUUUACCUCAAAACCUCCAUUAUAGCCUACAGUACUCAUGCAAGCGAGGACACGGCAUAGGUGAGGAGUGUGAGCUGACGUGCAGAGAGAGUAACAAUGACGUGGUGAUCCUCCCUAGCAACAUGACAGUUGAAAGUGUACUUAAAGAGCACUGGAGGAACCCGCACAAAGUCAAGAGCAUAGUCUGUACAAUGGGACUGAAAUGGUAUCCGCACCCAGAAUUGCUCCACUGCAUCAAAGGAUGUGAGCCAUUCAUGGGAGACAACUACUGUGAUUCGGUCAACAACAGAGCCUUCUGCAACUAUGACGGCGGAGACUGCUGCCAAUCCACUGUCAAGACCAAGAAGGUGAUUCCAUUCCCCAUGUCCUGUGACAUACGGGAUGAGUGCUCCUGUCGGGAUCAGAACGCUAUAGAGAACAGAAAGGAUGAACAUGUCCAUUCCCUGGGGUGACCAACCUGAGCAGGGACCUCUGUUCAACGUCCCAGGACCCUUGCUCCAACACAACACAGCCAGAGUGGCCGAGGCAGACCCCUCCUUCAUCCUCUUCUCGGCCUCCGAUUUCCUGCACAUGCUGCUUAACAGGCAUACCUCUCCAUCCAUACUGCAAUCCCAACCAGCUGAAAUGCCUCCGCCUCCACAUCACAGAAAGAUCUAGAAUAGAGGAUGGAACUCAUGAGACUCCACAGGAAACUUCAUUUCUCAGCUAAAAGGAAAGUAACCCUGCAAUAUCAUCAUUUAAAAAAAAAAAACGUAUAUAGCAAGGAGAAAAAAAAAUAAAGUACAUGAAACAGACAUUUUUUUGAAAGAAGAAAACAAGCAAACAAAAAAAAAAACCUAAACAAAAACAUAACCAAGCCUAGGUAGCAUGCCUUUUGUUCAGUUUUGUGCUGGCUUCAGUGUCUAUUUUAGUGACCUUGCUCUACAAUCACAUGAUUGAACCAAAGGUAAAUCAAAAUGUGCAAGUGGGGGAUUGUGUUGAUGUUGGCUCUGUGUUUUGCAAAUAUGAAGGAAAUCAAGACAAAUGUUAAAAAUAAUCCUCAGACAAAUUGAAGACAUGUCGAACACCUUUUUCGGAGGGGCUAGAAGUUUGUGCUUAUAUCAUUCCUGGUUUCAGACUGGUCAAACAUUUUUGUAUCUCUAUGUCCUUUUCAGUAAAAGUGUGUUUCUUCAUAGGCACAUCAGAGGCUAUAGAGGUUAUUCAUAGCUUGGUGGGGAAUGAGACAGCCAUAUUGUUAAGUUUCAAGCCACAGUUUCAACACAAAAGCCAAAAUAAAAUGCACAAACACACACAUACAUGCACACACACAAAGUCGACUAGUUGUUGACCAACCACACACAAUUUCCUAAGACAAUUUUAUACCUAGAGCAAAAUCCUGAAUGCAUUAUGGAAAAAAGUUUUAGCAUGGCUUCUGCUACUGUGUUUGCUGCUACUUGCCAUCUUCACAUCAUAAUAUCUAAUAGGGUUAGACAGCUUCGUCUGCCUUGCUGCUUACAGUACCUCUUUAUAGCAUUCAUUCACAUUUGCAUGUUAGUCCAUAAUAUUUUCAGAGAAUACACGUCGACGACACCACGUAUGAAAUGCACUAAGAACUUUAAAAAACCCAGAACCUCACUUGUCAUUCCCGUUUAACCCGACUGCCCAAGAAAAAUACUACAUACAUUGACCACGACUUAAAGAAUGUCAUCGUUAACACCUCACUUCGGGUUGGGGUGAUUUUAAUUUCAGUUUGAACUCCUCCCUCAUGGCGCUUGAUCAGAACUUUGUUACCUCAAGCACUAAUUCAAAAAUGUUUAAACUGAAAAUAAAAUGAUCCCAGCCCUUUUCAGAAUGUAGUCAAUGCUUGUCAGGAGUCUGUGGCUUUUUUUGAUCGCACAGUACUGCACCGCACAGUCACACAAGAGUACAGAAAUAAAGGGCUGGAUAUGGGCCAUGGCUCUUAGUGAGAAUGCGUAUAAGUGGAAGGAGACCACAUCUGAUACAAAUGAGCGCGUACACACAUAUCUCUCAUUCUCUCCCCUCCCGGUAGUAUUGGACUCUCAGCUGUAGCUCUGCAGGCAACCAUGUUAUACAUGAAAAUGACAUUUGGAUGUAUAUGUCAACACAGCAUUUGCAGUCGCAAUAUGAUCAAAGGUCCCUAAGAUUCUCUGCUGGGUCUAGUGUAUAAGUAAUUAAUUUAACCGUUACAUUUGUCUCUGCAGUAAAAAGUGCACUUGGUUGUUCCGAUCAGCACUUUUCAGUAUUGUGAACUCGGGUGUCUGUCCCCACCAAUUAACGUCUUUAGAUUAUAUGGCUGCUACAAUAGCUUUGUAUUUUGUUAUUCUUCAUUCCAGACACAUAUACACUAGUUUUUCUCAUGCACAUUUGAUAAUGAAGGCUGCUUGGCAUAUUGGUCCAAACUUUGCUGCUGUUAUUCGGCUGUAGCCAUAGUCAUGCUUACAAUCAGCAUGAUUGGGACUUUCAUUUCAUCUGGGCCAAUGGCACAGUCUCUCUAACUCAUAUUAGGCUGCUAAAGCAUUCCAGAUAAUCCUUACAAAUCAUCGCACACAACGAGUUGUACAAGUGGCAAUGUUAGACCAAUUUCAUGUAAUUUUAAAACCAAUGUAAGUGAAGAAGCAAGACAAUACCACAACAUGCAGAGAAAGCGAGAAGGUAUUAUUUUCCAUCAAAUACAAAGAAAAAAAAAUCAAAACUUAUCAUGUAAAUAUUACUUUAUGUUCUUGAUGGACAGGAGCGUUGAAAAAAUGUCUUUGUUUUUCAUGUAUUUCAUUUUCACAAAAUGUCAUAUUUAAUCAGUGUUUGUAUUAUUGACCUCAGUUACUGCACUUUUUUUUAGUUUCCAUGUAAGAAGAAAACGUAUAUCUUUCGAAAAUGUUUAGAAGCUGCUAUUGUCAGAAUGGUGAUCUGAAACAAACUGUAUGUUAUGAUAUUCAGUCGUUUGACUCCCUGUGUUGCUAUUAGCUUUCCUGUCAUUAGCGUGUUAUAUGUAUCUGGCCAUAGAUGCUCCUCUCCAACCUAAACUGACUUUACAUUCGAGGUUAUCAAUGAAGUAGGGAGGUAUUGUCACAAUGAACCUUAUAUCCAUCCAUCAUCCAUACAGGCCCAAAAUCCCCCCCCAAAUGUUUGGAAGUGUAUUUCAAGUCUAGUUAGACUGCAGAUUAGAUUGUCUUUUGUUUUGCCCUGAUGUGUGUGUAGUACAUCGUCUUAGGUUAAAGGUGUAAAUUUUGUCAGAGAAACCAAGAGAUGUCAAGGAAGGAAAAGCUUAAAUGAAGGAAUUCCCAUUAAAAAAGGGACUCUUGAGAGACUUUGUAACUUUUAUGAAACCUGAAACUUUGUAAGGACGUUGUAAAGGCUGCAUCAUCUACAAAGAUUGCAUUUAACACUUUAUAUGAAAACAUAUAUAGCCCUGGUUAAAAAAAAAAAAAAAAAAGAAGAAAAAAAAACUUGUAUUAUGUUGAUAUUAUCAAAUUGUAUGUAAUAUUAGUACUCCAGAUACUGCUGCUUUACAUAGAACUGUUACCAGUGGGGAGAGACUUACCUGCAAUCACUACACUAUGCCGAUGACAUGCAGUACUGUGGUUCAUCAUCUGCCAUUGAGGUCACUGGAAAGCCAUUCUAACCGUUUGAAUGGAUGAAUCCGAAAUCUGUCAUUGGAUCCUUCCCUUCAUUCUAUAAACUGUGUUCACAUAACCUGUCGUCGCUUCCACAUACUUUGACUAACUAUAUAUAAUAUCCUCCUCAAUGAUUACUUGUAUCAAUAGUCAAUGUCUGGAUACCAAAACAACUGAUCGUUAUUACUAUCAGAGAGGCUACAGAAUGAAACUGCAUGUCAACUUGAAAAAAAUAUAUUCUUAAUAUUGGAGAAGGUACCCAUAAGCCAUAGCUAACCAAGAUAUUCAUGGAAGGAAGUAUAAGAUUACGCAUUGGAUGAGGACAUCACCUCUCUACUGUAGUCAUCACAGGAUCCCUUGCUGUACCUCAUGCCUGUAAUGUUUGCUGCUUCUAUAUUUUUGGUAUUUUAGUGACAUUUUUGCGUCUCAUAACAAUGGUGUAAAUAGUAGAACUAUUUAUUGAGAGUGUUAUACUUUUUUAAGUUAUAUUUAAUGUCCAUGUAAGUUAUUUUUUACAUUGUUCUUAUAAACAAAAAAAAAAAAAAAAACAUUAUCGGUUGUGAGUCAAAACUGUCAUUUGUCUCUGUCAUCGCGCUACAUUGUGAUCAUUGCUGUCAAGCACUGAUUAGACAUACAGUACACUACAGGCCCACAACCACACAAAAACUUUUCUCAUUGGUCAUUGAUAGAUGGACACUGCUCGCAUCCAAUGAGGAUUCACCACAUGUUCAAAUGUUACUGAGUGCAGUGUAUCUUUUCUUUCCUUUCAAACCAGAAUGUAAAGUUUAUUUUUUUCUUUAUUUGCUUUUUUUUUUAAUGCACACAUUAGCCAUGCAUACAAAGAGUUGUGAAAAGAGAACCAAGUAUAUAAUGGUCAAGUUCAUAAAUCCAUAAUAUAGCAAAUGAUGUUUUGAGAGACCAGUGUAAGGCACAAGGAAUAUAUGUACACAGCCAGCUGAGGACAGGAGAGGUGGCAAAUAUAGAGGGAUCAAAAAUGAAGGGAAAGAAGGACUGGAGGUGAGAAGGCAGCCGAUGGUGCCCCAGAUAGUGUUCUUGGAUGGCGGAAAAGUAGGUGGGCAGGGAGAGAGGUAGGGAUGGGUGGGCUGCUUUUCCUGGCCUGUCUAGCUAUUUGUCCAGGUGUGAAAAUGUGUACUCACAGAGGCUGCCCCUGGGCCAGGGGUGGCCGGCGCUGACUGGCAACAAGCCGAGGCCAAUGAGUCAGAGUUUCUCCUGGGGGUGGCAGCCAUCCCUUUCUGGGACUCCCACCACUCCCUCCCUCACCCCUCCUACCUCCACCUCCCCACUCCUCGACACACUGCCUCAUCUGUCACUGUCAGGUAUGCCUGAGCGGGGCUGCCAGGGUCAAGCUGGCCCUGUGAAAAUGAGAGAGGAUGUUUGCCCAGCUUACAGAGCCUUUUGAAGUUAGGCUGAAGGAACACAGUUCGCCUCACCUAGAGCCUAUGCUUAUCACAUAAUAUGAUUUGUAUAGCCGUCUUUUUUUGACAGGCUUUGAUACCUCUCCACAUUUUACACCAACAGUCACUCCUUUGUUUCUAAUUUAACACACCUGGUUGUUGUAUUGCUCGUCUAAAAAUGGCAGAAGCUUUUUAGUGUCGAACUCAUUACAAAGUGAUGGGGAAUGUAAGAAAGAGUGUCUGAAGCCCUAAUAUUUUUGCUCAGAUCAUUGUGGAGAAAAAUACUGAUGUGCCAUCUUGUUGUAAGACAUUUUCUUUGUGUAUUGUAACACAUGAAGUACCUCUCACAGGCCUCUGGUUAUAGAACGGUCCACUUAUGUCUGUUUCCUAAUCCCUCAAUAAAUAAAAAAGGUGAAUUGUCCCUUUUUCUAUGUGGGAAGUACAAAAAAAGUGUAUUUACAUAUUAUGUGGAUAUCUAGUGGUAUUACUGCGAUGUUUCGUACCCGAUUGCUCAACAAAUAUAUUUUAAGAUGUAAAUAAUAUUAUAUGAUGAUUGUAUUUGCAAACCAUGUACUAACUGUUUGGGAGUAGCUCUUGGAUUGAUUUUUAUCAUAACUAUUAUACAAAGAGAUGAACCGUGAAUAUGUUGUGCAUUGUGUCAAAGUAUCACCUGCAAGACAGAAAAAAAAAAAAAAGAAAAAAAGAAAAAAAAAGACCUGUGAUGCUUUACCACACCACUCGCUGUCAGCAUUUAUUUGUUCAUAAUGGCUUAGUACAAGCACUGUUGUCAGUUGUCUAAACCAUGAAUUUAUCCAUUGAGUCAUGAAUUAUUUAUUUGUUGUCAAGAUGAAUAAAAUCAUAAUGGUCAUGUCUGGGUCUUAGGAGUCUGUUGGAAUUGAUCCUCAUAAUCAAACUUGACUGAUACUUGUCACGCAUUCACGCAAGUUCAUUUUCAAAUUUGUCUGCAAACAGCUUUCAUUUCUCCUCACUCCAUACUGUAUAUUGUCGAGUCUUAUCCCAAUGCCUUUGUGUUUGCUGAGAAUUUCACCAACACUGUAAAGGUAGCCAUCAGACUCAGUAGUCCCUCCCUCCUUCUGAUGGCCUCCUCUGUCUUUGGUUCUUACACAGUAUGCACUUUUUCAGGCACAUAUACAACAGAUUGGACUUUUAUGUUUCAGUCGAUGAUUCUCUCUGUUUUCACAGUUGCAAUUAUAUAUAUUUUUGGUGCUCUGGUACAUGGCAAAACAUGUCUGAUGUGUACUAUAUUUUCAUAAGGAAGAGUCAUAAAGAUGAGUAUCAUGUUCAUUUUGCUGUCAUUUAUUGUGUAGAAAUAAAACACUGGUUAAAGUGAA